CCGCGCUGUGGCAGCCCAUCGUCUCCGAUCCGUGCGCUCCCCUCGCGGCUCCGCUCCUCCUCUGACCGCCCUUCUCUGUGUGUCAGCGGAGAAUUGCGCACUGCUAUUCCGACCGAACGUUAGUUGUUUCUCGUGAAAGUACUGCACUUUUCACCUCUUCUUCUCAAAUCUUUGUGGCUGAAAGUGACCCGUUAUCUUCAGGCAGCUGUCCGCUCGCGGCAGCCAAAGUUUGCUCGUGAGGAUAAAAUAGAAAGCCGGAAACAGGAGUCGUCAGCAGAAGACGCGGAUUGUCCCUCGGCGCGUGUGCUGACCAGAAGAUCGAAAAAAACAGGAUCCAGUGUGACAUCAUCUACAGGAAGUUGUGAACUGCUCUUGUCCAUGGAGUGAAACAAAAAGAAAGCAAAAAAGACUGCAUAAAAGACAUAACCGAUCCCCAAAGCACUUAUCUGUAUGGAAUGGAACUCAAGUCAACUGAACCUCACAAAAGACAUAUUUUAAGAAAUGACAUGCUAAUCUGAAAGUAACAUCAUUUUAAAAUAAUCUUAUUUAAAAAAAUUCUCUGGGGAUUGCUACAUAUCUGUUUGAGUAAUUUGCAGUGACCACCUUAGACCCUUUAAAGGGUCGUGGAUGCUCACAAAGUAUUUCAUUUUAGUUCUAAAAAAACAGCAUCAGACAUGGACCUCCACCGAGCAGCCUUCAAGAUGGAGAGCUCCUCCUACCUGCCCAAUCCCCUGGCCUCCCCUGCUCUAAUGGUGCUGGCCUCUACAGCUGAAGCGUCCCGGGAUGCUUCUAUUCCCUGCCAACAGCCACGGCCAUUCGGAGUCCCAGUGUCAGUGGAGAAAGAUGUCCAUUUGCCAUUUAACAAUGGCUCUUACACUUUUGCUUCAAUGUACCACCGCCAAGGUGCUGUGCCCCCUGGAUUCCCCAACAGGGACUUUCCCCCCUCUCUGCUACACCUCCACCAUCAGUUUGCUCCCCCAAACCUGGACUGCUCCCCCAUCAGCAUGCUCAACCACAGCGGGGUGGGUGCCUUCAGGCCCUUUGCCUCUCCUCCAGAGGACCGUGAUGGAGCUCCAGGGGGAUAUCAGUCUGCAUUCACCCCAGCCAAGAGACUCAAAGGCUGCUUGGACCCAGAGGCCUCACCACACCUGCGAUACUCUGACGCCGAAGGCAAAGAGUACGACUUUGGUGGUGCCCAGAUCCCUCCUGGAGGCUCUCCCAGCAGCGCCCUGAAGGCCGUGGAGGAGAGCGGCAAAAAGAUCUUCGCCGUGUCGGGCCUUUUGUCAGACCGAGAGACCUCUUCCAGCCCAGAAGACCGCAUCGAGCGCUGUAAAAAGAAGAUGGUCCUGUAUGAUAGCCAGGCUCCAGUGUGUCCGAUCUGCCAGGUGCUGCUGAGGCCCGGGGAGCUGCAGGAACACAUGGAGACGGAGAUGGAGAGGCUAGCUGCAAUCUGCCUCAGUAAGAACCCUUCACCCAAGGAUGGCAUCGUAACUCCUGGAACUCCCAAGUCAAUGCUGUUGUCGGUGCACAUCAAGCGCGAGGGUGAAUCUCCCGUGGUCUCGCCGCUGUCCUCUGAAGACGCCCAUCACUCGGACAGAUACCAGACGUUUUUACGGGUUCGGGCAAACAGACAAACGAGAUUGAAUGCUCGUAUAGGCAAAAUGAAGAGGAGGAAGCCAGAGGAUGGGGGCCAGGUAUGUCCUCUCUGCAGUGCCCCUUUGACUGGGAGCGAGGAGGAGAUGAGUAGACAUGUGGAACAAUGCCUCAUCCAGCGUGAGGGUGCAUUAGAUGAUGACUCCGUUGACAUGGACGGUGAAAACGGCAGAGGCUUUGAAGAAUACGAGUGGGCAGGACAGAAAAGGAUCAGAGCUACAGCGUUAUUGGAAGGAGGUUUCAGAGGAACAGGUUUUGCCACUUGCAGUAUCAAGGAGAGUGGUGCGGACAGUGACGCAGACCUGGACGUAGAUGGAGAUGACACUUUGGAAUAUGGCAAGGCUCAGUACACUGAAGCUGACAUCAUUCCCUGUUCCGGGGCAGGGGAGGACCAGGGAGAGGCCCGGGAACGAGAGGCACUACGCGGAGCAGUACUCAACGGUGGGGUACCUUCUAAUAGAAUAACUCCAGAGUUUUCAAAAUGGGCUAGUGACGAAAUGCCUUCAACGAGCAAUGGGGAAAGCAGCAAGACUGACGCCAAUACUCCGUCUUCGUCCUCCUCUGCUUCAAAUGUUCCGCGAACUUGUAAAAACAGCGAAAUUGAAAAGGUAACGGAGGAGGAGUCCACAGCAACCACGAUGGAGGCUCUGAAGGCCCGGAUCAGAGAGCUGGAAAAGCAGAUCCUCAGAGGGGAUAGAUACAAGUGCUUGAUCUGCAUGCAGAGGAAGCCUGCUGUCCAGUCAGGUGUGGAGAUCAAGAGCGUAGGGGCGUGGCCAGGCCCCCGGCCACUGACCAAUGAGGUUGGAGAGAGGCCGCCUAAGUCCCUUCCCCUCGGCCUGUACUGCCUGUACAGAGGCCUUGUGAUUGGUGGCUACAGCAGCGGCAUAAAGAGGCUCCUCCCACAGCCUUUAAGGAGGGACUCCUACACGAUGCCGCUCACCUCCAUCCAGUGCUGGCAUGUCCACUGUGAAGAGUGUUGGCUCAGGACUCUGGGUAAUAAGAAGCUUUGUCCGCAGUGCAACACCAUCACCUCACCUGGAGAUCUAAGGCGUGUCUAUUUGUAAAAAGCACACCCCGCCUCCUGCCCCUCCCUCCUUCUUCACUUUCCACCCACCAUCUUGGAUAUCAUCGCCACUUCCUGAUGCUCUUCAUUUGUUUGUCUUUUCUCACGGCCUGCACUGGUAUCGAAAGCCCCCACCCCACCCCCCAAGACAAGAGCGCAGAGACUAGUAGACAUUAAUAUGGAAGCUCUUUCAGCAGGUGGUUAAAUAGUGAAAAACUCAAGAAAAAGACUUGCAAUGCCACCAGGCUGUGUCCAUCCAGAGAGGGUUGGAUUUUGUGCAUUUUUAUAAGUGAUACCACACCAGGACCUAAAGACUAUCAACAUUUGACUGGUGCUGGAAUGCCUUUCUGUUUAACAAAUAAGAACUGAAAUUUAAAAAAUGCUACUCAAUCUAAAGUGAACUGAGAAAAACGUCACCUCAAAAAGGAGUUUUGAUGUUCAUCUUCUAUCUCCCCUUGUACCUCCUUCAAAUCUUUUCUUUCCCUCUCAUUUUGUGGUGUUCUAGUGAAGUAAAAACCAAAAUGUCGCCCCUCUGAAAUGCAAGCACAUGUAUUAUAGUUCUAUGUAUGUUUACAAUGUUGGGUGUAAAUGACAUAGAGUUCAAGCAUACACACUUGUUAAUAAAGAAAGUACCACAAGUUACUGUACCAUCAUCAGACUUAUAAUCUUUAGGCCCUGUUUUUACCUGUAGGUGAAUGGGUUUGGGAAUAAUAUUUGGGAAAAAAUGGCUAGAAUAAAGCCUUCUGUAUUUUUUAAAAAGAUUAUUUGUCAAGUUUUAUUUCAAUGUACAGAAAUUUAAAAGAUUUCAGUAAUCGAUGGGAAACGCGGUGUACUUUUUCUGCCUCUUGGUCAGAUGAUGUCAGAAGAUUUGUAACAAUAACUGUCGCCCAAAAUAAGAAAAUAAUGGACCUGCUUUGUUAUGUCAUGCCACUAUUUCUUGCUUAUUUGGAAGAAUGCACUCUAAACCAUAGUCUACACUCUUUUGCUUUGCCCUUAAAUGUCUCCCAAGGAUUUUCCAUAAUUCUUCUAAUACCGCAUUGCUGCAAAAAUCUCAAAUGUUCAAUCUGGAAAGGCAGCUUCUUUCUAGCUAUAAAAUGGAUGUAAUGGCAACCCCCCCAGAAGUCUACAGUGGCAGCAGCAGCCCAGGUGGUGGUGUGCUUGUGUUUGUAAAUUGUAUUCUGUGAUGUCUGUAUUGUUGUAAAAAAUGCUGAAAAAAGACAAAAAUAAAACUUCUCAAAUACCGUGA